AUUUGUUGUAAAUAAUAUAGUCAAGUAAAAUCGAACGAUGACCACAAUUGAAUUAGUCAUAUUUUGAUCAUUUUAAAAUAAAUUAUUUUAAAAGUUAGAUACUUUAUAUAAAAACUAUCACAAAAAUUGCUGAAAAAUAAAGCGAAUCCAACGACUUGGAAUUUUCCAUAGAUAAAAAAAGUGCUAUUCAAUUAAAUCAAAGCUGCCGUUGCGGAUAGUGUCAUUGAUAAAGUAAUUUUCACUCGAAAUUUAACCAAAUUCAUUUGCAUGAUGAAUCGACGAAUACCGCCAAUUGAUUUAUAUGUCGCAGAUGGUGUGGAUCAAUUAAAUGAGCUCGCAGAGUUGAGUUCAGUGAUCAAAUCGAAACCAAUUAAUUUGCUCUUCAACUCUGCCGCAAAAGUUUUGAAUGAAGCUCAAAAGUUAUACAGUUCGGGUGAUGAUGAAAAAGCAUACGUUAUGUACAUGAAAUACUUUACGUUAAUCGAGAUCAUUCGAAAGAAGACCGACUUGAGCAAACAUAAAAAUGAAAAACGUCAAUAUUUGGGAACGAAACAAGAAAUUGACAGUCAUAUGGAUUUGUUGGAAAAACUAAAGCGUAAUCUUGUAGAACGAUAUACCGAGAGACGGGAAAAAUUUGUAGCUAAACAAAAGCAAGCAGAGUUGAAUAAGGAAAAUAUCAAAACAAAUGCGGUUGUGCCUAAACCAGUUUCGAAAUUUAUUUUGAUUACUGAUCUGUUUAAAUUGAUGAAAGAAACUAAUCAAAAGAUACUUUUGAUAGACUGUCGAUCGAUCAAUGAAUUUGAAGCGUCGAAAAUUAGAUAUGACAAUUUGAUCAAUAUUCCAGGAGAAGCGAUUCUAAAAGGUUACACUGCUAACACGAUGUUGAAAAAAAUUGCGCCGCAAUACACAAAGCUAUUUGAAAAUCGCGCUUCAAUGGAUUUGGUCGUUCUAAUUGAUGAUGAUACGAGUGAAAGUCAAAGUAAUCUAUCAAAACCGAUUUGGAUUCUGCGAACCAUUUUACUGGAGUGGGAUCCAGAUACGCAUUAUAAAAGUUUGCUUUUACUCCAUGGAGGUUACAACGACUUUGUAUAUUACUAUCCACAUAUGACGACAAAUCCAAAGUAUUCGCCAAAAACAAACGUGGAAACCGUUGAAUUGGGUGACAUUGAGUAUCCGUCAUUGAGUGAGAUAAAAAUGAAACCAAAACCAGACGAAAAUUCAUUUUCGUCUCGUAUACCGAAUAUUGAUCGGAGUAGUAAGCCAGCGUUUGGGCAAAAAGCGAAUGAACAACAAAGGCCAAACAAUCUCAUUUCGAUCAAAGAGCAAGAAAUAAUCUUCGAUCAAAUUCUUCAAAAAGAAAAGGAGGUCUUGAAAAUUGGCGAUGAAUUAUACAAUGUUGUAAAUGUACCGAUCACAUCAAAUGACAUAGAUCCAAGUGAUUGGUUCAAUAAGCAAACCGAACUUGAGUACAAAAUGGUUCAAAAAGAGAAUGAAUUGAACGAUACAAUAACUGGACUAAGUGCAACGACCAUACCAGAUUUUGAAGGUCAACUGGAAACACUUCAAAUCAAUUCGAAUAAUCCAGAAGAGUCUGAAACUCUCGCCCGAAUCAAUGCCAAAAAGAAUGAACAUUCCGAAAAUACAAGGAAAUUAGAAAACAUCAGUAAAAAAAUCGAAUCAAAAAUAUCAGAGACCAGAGAGAAACAAAAAAGACAUUUGCAGUCACAACUGGAUGAUGAAGAAUUAAUUCGUCCAAAGCAACCGGCGUUUGAUCGAACAAUAAAGCCAUCGUAUGACCAACCGACUAAAUUUCCGCAAAUACUCCGUGAUUUCAGUCCAAUUAUGGGUUCAUACGGUGAUGUGGGAGCAACUGGACUAAAAAAUCUAGGAAACACUUGCUAUAUGAACAGUAUUAUUCAGUGUCUAUUGAAUAUCGAAGGAUUAUGUGGAUAUUUUCAAAAAGACGGAUAUUUAAGGCAUAUAAAUCGAAAGAGUAAAACUCAUGGACAAAUAACGGAAGAAUUGGCCCAACUGUGUAAAGAAGUGUGGAGUGGAAAAUAUAAAAGUGUGGCACCUCGCGAUUUUCGCAGUGUUGUUGGACAGGAAAAUAAAAUGUUUGCCAGCUACGAACAACAAGAUUCUCAUGAAUUUCUCGUCAUAUUGCUGGACAUUUUGCACUCAGAAAUGCAAUUUCCAAUUGAGGAUACAAUUUUGAGCGAGAAAUCGCCUAAAGCAGAGAUAGCAUGGCGAGAAUUUUCAAAAAACAUGCAAAGUAUAAUCCAAAGGUUGUUCUUUGGACAGAUUCGAAGCACGCUAAAGUGCCGAACCUGCGGUUUUGAAAGUGCAACUUACGAAGGAUUUUCGCAUUUGAGCCUGGAGCUACCGCAGGAUAAUCGACAGUGUGAACUGUACGACUGUCUCGAUUCGUAUUUCAAUGGUGAAAAUAUUGAAGGUUGGACGUGUCCCCAGUGCAAACAAAAUCGAGGGGCCAUUAAAAAAUUGGACAUUUCGAAACUGCCACCGGUUUUAGUAAUACAUUUGAAAAGAUUCCAUGCAAGUUUGGAUACAGCAAAUACGUAUUACAAGAAACAAAACUUUGUUCAUUUUCCCAUCAACGAUUUUCGAAUCACGGACUAUAUAACACCGUCGCUGCAAAAACAAAACCGAUCAUUGGACCAGUAUAAUCUUAUUGCUGUUUCAAAUCACUACGGUACUAUGAAUCGUGGUCAUUACACUGCAUUUUGCCGAAAUACCAACUCAAAAGUAUGGUAUAAAUAUGAUGACUGCUAUGUUACGCAAAUUGGAAGCAACGAUGUUAAUUCAAGUGCUGGAUAUAUUUUAUUCUAUUCACAACUUUGAGGAACAAUAGUUUUUAUUAUAAAAACGAAUGCUUAGCAUAUUUUAUUCUAUAUUGAUCGUCACUUUAAACGUUUGAAGCUGUUCCAGUGGACAUAGCAUUUACCUAUUUAUAUAUUUACAAAGAAAGUUUGCUUCAGCUGCUCAUGUUAAAAGAAUGUCUGUAUUUUUUCUGUUAUUUUUAUUAAUAUAUGGCAUAUUAAAGGCACUAUUUUGGAAAACAA